CUCUCUCUGUGUGUAUCAGGUUUGCUUAGCGCUUCAAACUAUAUUACAUCCUCCAGAGAAGUCAAGCUGCUGACAGACUGAUAAGAGAUUGUCAGGGAAACUUUAUGUCUGUUUCUUUAUGAGGCUGGGAGGGCUGCUUUGGAGCUGAAGGAGAAAAGUUUAAUCCACUUAGAAAUUAGUUGAUGGUAGCCUGAGUUAACACAGUUCAGCCCGUUCCUGUAACAAGAUCAAGGCAACCAUGGAGUGGGAAUUACCUUAUCGGAGUCCACUGUUGGGAAUGAAGUGCGCACUUUGGUUUUACUCUGUUCUGCUGUGCAUUGUUGGAGCCAAUGGUGAGAUGUCCCAUGGCCACUCCACACUUAGUGUUUCUGUACCCCAUCAGUACUACAUGUGCCCUGAGGGUGCAACGGUCAAACUGGUGUGUUCACAGAAAGGUGCCGGCAUGUACCCACACGAUUCCUUGAGAAGCAGUUGGCUGUACACCCCCCAUGUUGACCAGCACUGCCGCAGGGUGGGUCCGCGCAAUGGCUCCCUUUCUGACCGAGCUGGUGCCAACCACAGCCUUCCUCGAGGGGUGCAUUUCGGGCACGGAGAGCACAAUUUUUGGGUGACGCUGCAGAACGUGACCAUGCUCGACCAGGGCCGCUACUGCUGCAUGGUCCUGGAUUUCCGCCAACCUGAAGCCGGUGCGGAACACAAACAUGUCCUCCUGCAGAAUGCCCACAGCCAUGUUGUGCUCCAUGUGAUGCCACGGAGAAACGGCUCACAAGAAUGCACUGUUGUGGAUCUCAAGGCGCCUGAAGGUACUGUGUCCGUGGUCUUGGCCACAGUCGCCUGCAUCAUGGCUCUGCUCUCUCUGCCUAUUAUUCUGGUCCUUGUGUACAAACAGAGGCAGAAUUCCCAGUCCAGCAGACGUGCACACGAGCUGGUGAGGAUGGACAGUGAGGCUCAGGGCCAUGAGAACCCUGUGUUUCUGGGCGGAUCGCCACAGACCAAGACCCGCACAGUUUCUCAGAUCAUGACUAGGCAGGCCUCUGAGACGGGACGCCACCUGCUGUCAGAACCAGGAACUCCUCUGUCUCCUCCAACACAUGGAGAUGUAUUCUUCGCAAUACCGGAUCCCAUUCCAGAGUCUCCAGACUUCCUGCAGCUUUAAAGUGGAUGCAGCCUCCUUCGAUUCUGUGACCCUUGACGUGGAAACAGUCCUGCGAUUCUCUUCUUCUUCUCCUCUCUGCCUCCAGAGCUAUUUGCCCCUGUGGCCUGUCACACAAUAACCUCUGCUGAGAGAGCUGUCUGUGCACUGUCUGGACCGCAGGAGGGAAGGACUGUUGUUUUUUUCUUUUUUUUUUCUUUUUUUUUGUACAAAAACUCAUUCCACCUGCAACAACAGCUUGAGGCGUAGCUUUUGCCUCUCAGCUCUUGUGUUGUAGCGGGGGCAGGGUAUGUGUGUGACGCUCCAUCUGACUACUGAUGACGGCUCAUGGACCAACAGGUGCCCUGGCCUUUUGAUCUGGCGGGGCCCACUGCUUGGGAUGUCCCAGAGGGAGGAGGGUGGGGUCUGUCUGUGCAGGGAUGGGCAUGUUAAGGGCUAUAACUCAACUCCUGUGGACUUGAAGGGUCAUCCUUUAGAUCACCAGGCCUUUUUUUCUCUUUUACUCCUCCUGCCGUUGUGUUGAAUGCCUUUAACUGUGUUAAAUUGUCAGAGGAGUCAGUAGUCUGUAUUUUUCUAAGACAAGUUUACCGUAAGGAACUUGCUCUAAUGGCAUUACACCGUUCCACUCCCAGUACUUCCACUUGGCCACGGCUUCUUUUCUCUUCCCUCUUUGCUACCUCAGUUUCGUCAACUCUGUUAUUGUAAAUACUCGCUCUUCCCCUUUGUGUAACCUCACCUCCUAGCUCCAGCACUGACAGUGGCCUUGAUAACAUUCAUCCAGUGCUGGAAAUGGUGAUAUGUAUUCACAAAAAAACAAAACAAAACAAAACAAAACAAAAAAAAAUUUUGUUCUCGCCAACUGCUUCAUCACUGCCACGAUGACAUUUAAAAAAAAAAAAAAAAAAGUUUCAGUUUUUCUUCUUUGUGUAUAUGUUAACAUUUAACAACUGCCAUGUGUAUACUGUUAUUUGUGUGAAGUUGUAACUUACAAUUUUUGCGUGACAAAACUGCUUUGGGGUUGUUACCUAAGUAUGAUUUCUGCCACAUAUGGAGGAACAGCUUUGAAGUCUUAAACCAAAAAACAAUCACAGCAAGGACGAGCAUGAUGGAAGUUGAGCAAUACGUUUGCAAUGGUAGUUGGGGUGCGUGUGUGCCUGUGUGUGUGUGCGUGUGUGAGAGUGAUGGUGUGAAACCACUGGUGGGUUUUUUAACAUGGUGCAAAUUCUGUAGCAGGUGCUCAGAGUA